AUGGGCAACACAGACGACACUCAAGCCAAACACCACGGAGGUCCUCGCCAUGAUCAUGAGCACGAGGAAGACGUCGAGUAUUCUCGCCGGCUUGCCAAAGAUGUCAGCGAAGUUGACCCACGAUACUUCAGAAGUGCCCGUUAUAUCGGCUCUCUAGUCGGUAUAUCACUGACGACCAUGUCUUGCUAUUUCGGCUUUGCGGUCCCGGCCUCGGUGCUCACAUUCAUCAACGAGGACAUCGGUCCCAGUCCCAAUGCCAGCCUGUUCUCAAUCAUCUGGACCAUGUGCAACGCCAUCAGCAUCUUGCUUGUGGGGCGAAUCACCGACAAAUUCGGGAAAAGAUAUGUCAGUAUCGUCGCUGGUGUGUGGGUCAUCGUGGGAGCAACUGUCGCCGGGACGGCGAAGUCCAUGGAUACCCUGAUCGGUGCGAACGUCAUUAUCGGAAUCGGAUCUGGCGUCCAUUCGUCUUCUGGUGUCUUCGUUGGAGAACUCGUUCCACAUCGCUACAAAUUCUACGUCCAGGCUACCAUCCUGGUUCCCAUGGUCGUGGCCACUGGAUUUGGCGCCAUCAUCGGACGGUCCCUGGUGGAGUCGCUGAGCUGGAGGUGGAUCUACUAUAUCUACAUUAUCCUAUGCGGAGCGGGCUGGGUUCUUCAAGUUUUGUAUUACCACCCAGCCACCUUUACACAACUCCACGGCACCAAAAGAUCCAAAUGGCAGGAGUUCAAACGCGUUGACCAUGCUGGCAUAUUCCUUUUGGUGGCGGGCCUGACUCUCUUCUUGCUCGGCAUUUCAUGGGGAGGAAACCCGCUGCCGUGGGACUCUGCCCGUAUCUUAGGUCUCACUAUUAGCGGAGCUGUUACCUUGGUGGCCUUCAUCUUAUGGGAGGCUCUUUCGAAGACCCCAAAUCCAAUCGUGGAUCUGAGUCUGUUCAAAAGGGUCCGGACCUUCACAUGUAUCAACAUCGUCUCUUGGAGCGCAGGAACGCUUUACAUCGCCAUGACCAUCAUGUAUCCACAACAGGUUGUACGAUUGUUCUCAAAUGCAACCACCUCCUGGCAAACCAUUGCAUGGACCAGUACCACUGUUGGCUUCGGAAUAUGGGGCGGAAUCAUUCUCUUGUUCCCGUUUGUCAACGCCAUCGGCUACAUCAAAUGGCAAAUCGUCUUUUGGCUGGCGCUUUCGACCGCGUUCCUUGGAGCCAUGGCCUCUGUCAGAGAGGGUGAUAGGGCAAUGGCAAUCGCCGCUUCAUUCCUCAGCACCUUCGGUGCGGGCUGGCUAGAGACAGGAGGCACCGUCCUGGUACAGGUCAUUAGUGAGGACGAAGAUGUUGGCGUCGCCUAUGCAAUGCUACGUGCCGGUCAAUCAAUCUCUGGCGCCAUAUUCACCGCUGUCUUCCUGGCAAUAUUGAAUGGCAAAGCACCCGGCAAAGUCCAGACCUACGUCACGGAGGCAGCCUUGCAGGCAGGUCUACCAGCAUCGUCGCUCCCGAUUCUUUUCAACGACAUCCUGAAGGGUGCUCCAAGCUUCGCUGAUGUGCCCGGCAUAACUACCAAAGUUGGCGUGGCGGUGCAGUCGGCGCUUGUUCGGGCCUACGCAGACUCGUACUCCUUGGUAUACUACGCUGCCCUCGCUGUCGGCCUUGCGAGCUUGAUAGCGGCGCUCUGUAUGGCAGACCUGGACCGCUUCAUGACCGGCCACAUCCCCAAGCAGGUAUACACAAAGGAAGAGAGGGAUAUCCAGGUUUCGAUCGACAGUGAUGCGAAGGAAGCUCCCACCGAACAGCAGUUGGAGGAACACAAGGAGCUUGAAGUGUGA